GGUCUACGUCGAGACGACCGCCGCCGCCCGCGGCGAUGCCGCUCUCUUGGACGGCUCAGGCGUGGUGCGCGCCGACGUGCUGCUCGUCGGUGGCUCGUGGCAGCGCGUGCAGUUCCACGUGGGUCCCGAUCGUCUUCGAGAGGUACCUUUCGCAGACUGGCCGCGCUACGGCCCCCGGACUACACUGCGGUGGUUGCGCGUCCUGGGCCACGAGCGGGGUCGGGCCGUGGAGCGCCUCCAUCGGUUCGUCUGGUAUCAUAGGAUGUCGCGAGUCGACUUCGGAGUCGCGCGCUACGAGUCGAUCAUGCAUGUGGCUGAUUACCUCAUGACGUGGGCCCUCCUCGACCUGCCCUAUGCGAUUUGGGUCGAGGUCGCGCUGCGACAGGCUCUAUUGUAUGAAGGCAUGUACGCCAUAGUGUAUGAGGUGGAUGGGGACCUCCUGAAGAUCGGGCUCGUUGACGUGAUCGGGGUCUUCGCUGGCACCGCCCGCGAGCGCGGCCACCUGGUGGUUGCAUCUGCGCUCCUGGUGCGCGAGACCAACCAUGUUGAGCGCGACGUUGGGAUCCUU